ACUACUUAUAGUGAAGAUGAGCAUAGAGCCAUCCAGUGUGCCCUUGCCCAGAAGCUUGGACCGGGAUUUAUCAGCCAACGGGCAGGUGCAGGAGGUCAGAAGUUAGCUUACAUUGAAGGAUGGAGAAUUGUUUCAUUGGCAAAUGAGACAUUUGGUUUCAAUGGCUGGUCCCAUUCUAUAACAAGGCAAACUAUUGAUUUUGUAGACCAAAUUAAUAACAAGUUUUACGUUGGAGUGACUGCAACUGUAAGAGUAGAGCUUAAGGAUGGUGUGUACCAUGAGGAUGUUGGUUAUGGGGUGAGUGAGGGGAUGCGGUCGAAGGCCUUGUCUCUAGAAAAAGCUCGGAAGGAAGCUGUCACAGAUGGAAUCAAGAGAGCCUUGAAAAGUUUUGGACACAGUCUAGGGAAUUGCCUUGGAGACAAAUUGUACCUGAAAACUAUUGGGAAAGCUCCUAAACCUGUAGCAGAUACAUACAAUAUCAAUGACAUGAAAAGUACAGAGAUUAACCCUGAUGUAACUAAAGCCAGAUACAGGAGCAUGUCAUUGUGUCCGCAUAGCCAGACAUCAUCAACAAAUUCUGCAAUGCCUCCACCACAAACACCAACAUUUAAAACUGCAGUCAUCAAAACUGAGCCAAAAUCAACAGACACUUCUCCUAGCACAGCCUCAAUUAAACAAGGAAUUGGAGUCAUAGAAAACACAAGGAGAAAUCUUAUUGGUCAAACAACCAAACCCGAGAUUGGAACGCAUAAACAUACAGGUGUAGUUGAAGGAAAGGAGAAUUGUAGCAAAGCCAUGAGACCACAACAAUCUAACAGUGUGUAUAGGUCACCAGCUGUGAAUCCAGUUGCACAUAAUCUUCCUAAUAAACAGAUGGAAUCUGCAGAACAGAAAGGACCUGUGACAACUAACACCAUGAUAGGCCAACAUUUAAAAGUUGAGAGAAGAUCUACAUCACCAACACUCUCAGAAAAUGUGACAUCAUCUGUUGAAAAAGAUCGGUUACUUAGGAGGCAGAAGCAGCAACAAAAACAACAGGAAUUUAGAGAAAAGAUGAAGCAGCAACAGGAGAAUAGAAAUGUUCCAUUGAAGGAGUUGAAAUUAGAAAAUAUAUCGCCUGUUGCAACAUCAACUCCGAUAGAAGAGGUUAGAGCUGCAGAUGCAGGCUUUACAGUAGAGGAUUUACUGCUUGCAGAGGAUGACCCAGAGUUCUGGAUAGCAUCACAAGUCUGUCAACCUGAUGAGGGCGCUUCAAAACCAAUCAUAAAUCAUUAUCAAAGUCCCACAACUACAAGAAUCUGUCCUGAUGUACAAGCACCUAGCUACCCUACCAAGCACUCAAACUGGAUUCAAGAGAGUCGAGGAGGGCCAGGUUUACAAAAUAAUAACGGACCAAUAAAAAGACGAAGGACAGAUGAAUUAAGAUGACAGUGGCAUACUUAAUUACAUUUUAGAUAUUCCCGAUGUAAACUAAUAUUUUUAUUAAAUUUCUUUAAAUUGUAUAGUAGUUUGAAUACUGUAUGUGCACCUGAAUUGACUGCCAAGCAGAAAUGAACAAAAGUACAGUACAGUAUAAUGAAAUAGAGUUGGCAGGAACUGCCAUCUAAAAAUGUGCCUAUGCAAAUAAAAUUAAUAUUUACAAUUUGAA